AUGUCAAUUAUUGGAAUGUUUGUUAAUGCACUUCCAAUGCGAUAUACAAUAGCAACACAAACAUUCGAACAUUCUUAUUUUCCUCUUCAACGUAUUCUUGCUCAACAUUCACAUAUUUCUCGUCCUACAUUUCUUGAUGUAUUCUUUGGAUUUGUUUCUUUUCCAUCUGAUGAUAAUCAUAAUGAAGUGACAUUAGGAGAUAUUCCUAUUUAUACUAUGCCUUAUUCAAUUAAAAUAAAUACAGAUGAAAUUGCAAGUAAAUUUGAUUUUUCUCCAAGUAUUAUACAUGAUACAAUAACUGAUCAAUUAUCAUGUACAAUCGAUGCAUCUCUUGAUUUAUUCAAUCCAUCAACAAUAUAUAAAAUUGGACAACGAUUUCAAAUUUUACUUCAACAACUUUUCCCAUCAAAUUCAAUAAAUGAAACUUGUCAAUCGAUUCAUGAAUCUUCAAUAAUAUUACCUAAUGAAAAACUUCUUAUGGAAUCAAUUAAUAAUACUCAAACUUUAUUUUCUUCAUCUACUCAUUGUGUACAACAUGAAUUUAUCCAACAAGUAAAUAAACAAUCACAAAAGAUAGCCAUAGAACUUGAUGAACAAUCUCUUACUUAUAAUGAAUUAUUAUAUUAUGCACAAUAUUUAUCUCUUGAAUUUCUAACAAAUUCAAAUUAUAUUCCUGGUAAUGUUGUUUGUCAAUGUAUAGAUCGUAGUAUAUCAAUAUUUAUUGGUAUGUUAUCUAUUAUUAUGGCUGGUGGUUCUUAUUGUCCAUUAUCACCUCGAGAUCAUGAACAUCGUAUUCAAUCUUUUAUCGAACAAACUUAA